AUGGCAGCUUUAGGGAUAUCCCGUACCGGGGUGAAAGAAUGGUUGGCAUUAGGUCUGUCCGCUGAAGAGAGAAUAUAUAAAGCACAAGCGGCACUUCAUCUUCCGUGCAAACUCGCCGUGCGGCUGUCGUGCGGUUUGUCGCGUGUCGUUUUGCGAAAGCUGCAAGAAUUUGGUUGCCCCUUAUCGUCUCCACUCUCCUGGCGCAGUUCUCGACGACAACGACAUCAUACAUCUUCAUACAGCUUCAACUUCUUCCCAUCCGCGUCAAGAGGACAGCUCCCUUAUUCUCCGUCAGCACCGCGACCCUUGGUCGCCCGCACUCCUUUGCUCCUGCAAUUGUCGCCGGCGACCCCAUUGUAUCUUCACCCCCUCGUUUUAGUUGUCGCCCGCCCCAUUGUUUUGCCGGCAAAUCCAGGCACCUUUUGA